CUGCUGUUUUUGUUCUUAUAUUUGGAUCAAUGAAUAAUAAGGAUAUGAAUUAAUGUUUGUUUUGAGAGCGGACAGAAUGGUAUAAAAUGGGAAGUCGAGAAGAUGUUCUUCACCACUUUGAUUAGAGUUGCCUGAACCAUAGAGAUCGACUUCCAGAGACAGAAGAGAAAAUGAAGGUUUACAUUGUUCUACUUGUCCUCAGCGUCAUUGCUGUUGCUUUAGCUGAUCAUCCAGCAUGCAAUAAACAGCGAAAAGAGGCACAGCAGUCAAAGGAUCCCAAUGCCUAUGUUCCUAAUUGCUAUCCCAAUGGUGAUUAUAAAGCAGAGCAGUGCAGGAAAAGCGAGGGCGGAACAUUGUUCUGUUUCUGUGUGAACAAAGCAGGAGAACCUCAAGGUCCACCCAAGCAAGGACACCGAAGCGACUGCCAUUAGAUGUCUUGCUUAACUAGAAAGAAAUCAUCGAAAUAAACAUUGAUUUUUUAAAACAAA